GUGCUUGCUGGGGGGCUGCGUUUGAUGUCCUACUCGUCGCCGCUUUCGUCAUGCUCGACACCCGGCUGGAACGAUCCGCCACCGGUGCUCGGUGGCUCGGCGAAGAUAGCAUCGCCUUCGCCCGGUGUUGCAACCGGUGCCCUCGCCAAUAGGCAUCGUCGCCCGGUGCAUCCCGCAAUUCAGGUGAUUCUUUUAAUCCAGCAUUUAUCGUCUAUUCUUCCGGUGAAUCCGUGA